UAGUGCACGCUCUUUCUCUCUCACACUACGCAGUGUCCAAAAAGCGGACUCAUAGCGAGUCACCAACUCAACUCACAACCAAGCCCCCCAACCCAGCCAACCAUGGAUGACAAUGGCGCAUCACUUUCACUCUCAUCCUCAUCAUCCAUGAUGCUGAUCCCACUGCCAUUGCUAACCCCUGACUACCACGGCGGCGAUUCCUCCCUAAACCGUCAACUGGCGGUUCUGCCCCCGACCACCGCCACCGCCCUCUUCUCCUCCACCGCCUCACAGUUCAAGCUUCCACCAGGUUGGGCCGUGAAGAAGGUACUCCGUUCCGAUGGAAGCCGAGUCGACAAGUAUUACUAUGAGCUGGGAACUAGACAGAAGUUCCGAUCUCUAAAAGCUGUUGAGAGGUACCUAACAGGAGUGGAAUAUACACCUUCUCGUAAGACAUAUAAACUGCGGAAUCAUUUUGUGAGUUCUGGUUCACGAAAGAUGAUAAUUUCGGGUGGAAUGUUGUUGAGGCUGGAUGAGGAGGAAUUUGAUAAUCACCAAUUAGCGGUUGUGGCCCCCACUACUGCUGCAGCUACCUCACCCUUCAUCCUCCCUGAUGGUUGGGUUGUGGAGGAGGUACCCCGUAGCCGCAAUGGUAAGACCGACAAGUAUUAUUAUGAGCCAGGGACCGGUCGGCAGUUCCGUUCCCUGGUUGCUGUUGAGAGAUACCUGGAAGAAAUGGGAGAUGAAAAUGCACCACUGUCCCAUGUGUUUAAAUUGGGCUGUCAUGUUAAGAAUUCUGGUCCGCGGAAGAAAAUUUGUCGAGAGGAAGUGAAGACUUCAACAUUUGAUUCUGACAUACCACCAGCUAAAGUCAAUUGGGUUCUUGCUGAUUCUGGAGGGGAUACAUGGAAUGCUUUCAUGGGCGAAUCAGUGGUUCCUGAAUCUGUAACACAACAAUGGGCCAAUAGAUUUAUGCUAUCCAUCAAUGACAACAAUUUUGCUGCACCAAAUUUUGAAUGGUGAAAGUUGAUCGGAGAAACUCUAGGGGAAUAUGGUGGAUUGAUGAAACUUGGCUCAAUUUUCUGGUGAGGCUAGAUAGCAGCCGAUGUAAAUUGGAUUGUGCACUGACUUUGUACAAUAGUCUUAGGCAUUGUCGUUAACUUUGGUUAUCCUAACAAAAAGUAUGAAUAAUCUUCGACUUUGAACUCAUUCUGGGUAGAGGCAGCAGAGGAGUCUGGAGAUUCGGACGAGCUGGGGAUGCAUCGGAUGCCCAAUACUUUAUCUGGCACCCCUGCUAGUUUUUGUAAAGAAGACAUUAUCCCAUGUUUGAUGCUUAGCUCAGAUAGUGUAAGUUUCUCCAAAAGGAAAAAAAAGA